GGGAAGCAAAGUAAAUUUUGCAAAAAGUCGAACAGAUAUGGCGGAUUCGACAAGGUUCGAAGUGGAGAAGCUCAUCGCAUAUAGCCACGAACUUGUCGACUUCCUGAGGGAGGACGGGGACAACAUCACUCUCAAGCAAUAUUUCCAGCAAGCCCAAUCUCUCCACUCCCGUGCCCACGCCGAUUUCAACGGCCUGCAACGUUCCAUACAAGAAUGUCAAACAAAGCUAGAAAUAUGCAGAAGCAAAACUACAGAAGCAAAUUCCACUGUAGUUGCAGAUGAAGAAUCAGAUUUGCUAGCCAAGGAGCUGGAAGAAAGAGAACAUCAGCUGAGGGAUGAGCUUAGAGUGAUUAUAGAUGAAAUUAAUAAUCUUGAGCAACAGAGCGAAUCUAUUGAAGAACGAAGAAAAUCACUGAAGAAACUUGAGCAAGAGGACCUGAGGAGAGAGAUGAAAUUAUCCAUGUAUGCUUCUGUCACUAGCAUUGUUCCAAACCUGGACGAUCAGUCCAAAAUAUCUGGCCUCAAUUCAGAUAUUGUGGAGAGGGAGGAAAAAAGAGUAGAAAAGUUUGAACUCGAUCCGGUGAAGCAGACUACCUUUGAGACUUGCAAUGGCAUCUGGAAGAUGAUAAACUUGUGAUAAAUCUGAGUUGUUUCCACAUUUAAGUCUGUUUGCAGUUUAUAUAUUUAUGUUUUGGCUCGUUGCCCAGUAUGAAAACUUGAGCUCUUGGAAUCCUGAAGUUGGAACCCAUUUGGCUUGCAGCUAAUGGCUUGGUUUGAAAAUUCAGUUUCCUGGAACUUCGUUUGUUUUGCAGCUUCAUGACUUUAGUUUCAAAGCUCAAUGUCCUGCAUCUUUCUAUUACUAUUGUGUUUUCCUACAUUGGAAAAGCUGAGCCUGGAGACUUUUUGGUUCUUUUCCAGUGCUGUGUGCUGCAUCGUAUUUGAAGUGUUGUAUUUUUGCAAUGAAUGCAGAUCUGUGACUAUUGGUUUUGUCAA